GGCGAUGCUUUGCCGGCUCAGUUGCCUUUUGACUUGGAAGAUGCCGCUUUGCUGGUGAUGGGUGAGCCCUGCAAGUUCCUCUCCAGAGCUGUGGCAGGGUGGCACAGCUCCCAUUCACCUCUGGUACUCUGUCCUGGAGGUCAUGCCUUCACAUGGAUGAGAAGCCCUGCAGAUGGGCCAGCAGUGGGUCCAAGCCCAUGCCGUGCCGAUGGAGGAGCCCUUCCCUCUCCCUUUCCCUGCGGUGCCCUCGGCUCGAGGGAGGAGCCCGAGUUCGUGACCGCUCGCGCUGGCGAGAGCGUGAUCCUGGGAUGCGACGUGAUCCACCCGCUGACGGGCCAGCCCCCUCCCUAUGUCGUGGAGUGGUUCAAGUUCGGCGUCCCCAUCCCCAUCUUCAUCAAGUUUGGGUUUUACCCUCCCCAUGUGGACCCAGAGUAUGCCGGCCGGGCCAGCCUGCACGACAAAGCCUCCCUGCGCAUUGAGCAGGUGCGCUCCGAGGACCAGGGCUGGUACGAGUGCAAAGUGCUCAUGCUGGACCAGCAGUACGACACCUUCCACAACGGCAGCUGGGUCCACCUCACGGUCAAUGCUCCCCCCACGUUCACGGAGACCCCGCCGCAGUACGUAGAGGCGAAGGAGGGCAGCAGCGUCACCCUGACCUGCAUGGCGUUCGGGAACCCCAAGCCCAUCGUCACCUGGCUCCGGGAGGGAGACCUUUUGGGUGCCAAUGGCAAGUACCAGGUGAGCGACGGGAGCCUCACGGUGCUCUCGGUCAGCCGGGAGGACAGAGGUGCCUACACCUGCCGGGCCUACAGCAUCCAGGGCGAGGCUGUGCACACCACGCGCCUGCUCGUCCAAGGACCUCCCUUUAUCGUUUCCCCUCCGGAGAACAUCACAGUCAACAUCUCCCAGGAUGCUCUGUUCACCUGCCAGGCCGAGGCGUACCCCGGGAACCUCACCUACCUGUGGUACUGGGAGGAGGAGAACGUCUACUUCAAGAAUGACUUGAAGCUGAGGGUGCGGAUCCUGAUCGACGGGACGCUGAUUAUUUUCCGUGUCAAACCAGAGGAUGCUGGAAAAUACACCUGUAUCCCCAGCAACAGCCUGGGCCGCUCGCCAUCAGCCUCUGCCUACCUGACAGUGCAGUAUCCUGCCCGUGUGGUGAACAUGCCCCCCAUCAUCUACGUUCCCAUCGGGAUCCACGGGUACAUCCGCUGCCCUGUGGAGGCAGAGCCGCCGGUCACACUGGUCAAGUGGAACAAGGACGGGCGUCCCCUGCGAAUCGAGAAGUAUUCUGGCUGGAACCUGCUGGAGGACGGGUCGAUCCGGAUCGAGGAGGCCACUGAAGAUGCUCUCGGCACUUACACCUGUGUGCCUUAUAACGCCCUGGGUACGAUGGGCCAGUCUCCCCCUGCCCGACUGGUACUGAAGGACCCCCCCUAUUUCACGGUGCUACCAGGCUGGGAGUACAGACAGGAGGCAGGGAGGGAGCUGUUGAUUCCUUGCGCUGCUGCCGGAGACCCCUUUCCCAUCAUCGCCUGGAGAAAGGUCCUCUCGGAAACGGGGGAACCGUCUGCCUUGCCACGACCGGAGAGCCCGGAUCCCCUGCCGGUGGCCGGCGGUGUCCCCUGGGCCGCGCAGGUAGGGAAGCCCAGCAGGAGCAAGCACAACACGCUGCCCGGCGGGACCCUGCAGAUCCGCUCCCUCGGCAAGGACGACCACGGCGAGUGGGAGUGCGUCGCCACCAACAUCGUCGCGAGCAUUACUGCCAGCACCCACCUGACCGUCGUAGGGACGAGCCCUCACGCCCCGACCAGCGUGCACGUGGUGGCCGCCAUGACCUCAGCCAACGUGUCCUGGGAGCCCGGCUAUGACGGUGGAUACGAGCAGACUUUCUCAGUUUGGUACGGCCCUCUGAUGAAGAGAGCCCAGUUUGGACCCCAUGACUGGCUGUCUCUCCCCGUGCCAGCUGGUUCCAGCUGGCUGCUGGUGGAUACCUUGGAACCAGAGACUGCCUACCAGUUCAGUGUCUUGGCUCAAAACAAGCUGGGCACCAGCUCCUUCAGCGAGGUGGUCACUGUGAACACUCUAGCAUUCCCUGUAACAACUCCAGAGCCUCUGGUGUUGGUUACCCCACCGAGGUGCCUAACAGCCAACCGGACACAGCAAGGCGUCCUCCUGUCGUGGCUCCCUCCCGCCAACCACAGCUUCCCCAUCGACCGCUACAUCAUGGAGUUCCGCGUGGCGGAGAAGUGGGAGAUCCUGGAUGACGGCAUCCCGGGCUCCGAGAGCGAGUUCUUUGCCAAGGACUUGUCCCAGGACACCUGGUACGAGUUCCGCGUGCUGGCGGUCAUGCAGGAUCUCAUCAGCGAACCCAGCAACGUCGCUGGCGUGUCCAGCACAGAUGUUUUUCCUCAGCCUGACCUGACGGACGAGGGCCUAGCCCGCCCGGUGCUGGCUGGCAUCGUUGCCACCAUCUGCUUCCUGGCUGCUGCCAUCCUCUUCAGCACACUCGCCGCCUGCUUCGUCAACAAGCAACGCAAACGCAAGCUCAAGCGCAAGAAAGACCCUCCUCUCUCGAUAACCCACUGCAGGAAGAGUUUGGAGUCCCCGUUGUCUUCCGGCAAGGUGAGUCCCGAGAGCAUCCGCACGCUCCGUCCCCCCUCGGAGUCCUCUGACGACCAGGGCCCUCAGGCCAAGCGGAUGCUGAGCCCCACCAAGGAGAAGGAGCUCUCCCUUUACAAGAAGACCAAACGAGCCAUCAGCAGCAAGAAGUACAGCGUCUCCAAGGCGGAGGCCGAAGCUGAGGCCACCACUCCGAUCGAGCUCAUCAGCCGCGGGCCGGACGGACGCUUCGUCAUGGACCCGGCCGAGAUGGAGCCCUCCCUGAAGACACGGCGGAUCGAGGGCUUCCCCUUCGUGGAGGAGACGGACAUGUACCCCGAGUUCAGGCAGUCGGACGAGGAGAACGACGACCCCGUCGUCCCCACCUCCGUGACCGCCCUGAAAGCCCAGCUCACCCCUCUCUCCUCCAGCCAGGAGUCCUACCUUCAGCCACCAGCAUACAGCCCCCGGUUCCACCGGGCGCUGGAGGGUCCCGGCGCCCUGCAGGCCACCGGCCAGGCCCGCCCGCCAGCCCCCCGGGCUUUCCACCACCAGUUUUACGGUUACCUCAGCAGCAGCAGCCCCGGGGAGGUGGACCCGCCGCCCUUCUACAUGCCAGAAGUCAGCCCGCUGAGCUCAGUCAUGUCCUCCCCACCGCUGCCCCCCGAGGGGCCCUUCGGACACCCCACCAUCCCCGAGGAGAACGGGGAGAAUGCCUCCAACAGCACGCUGCCCCUGGCCCAGACCCCCACGGGGGGCCGGUCCCCCGAGCCCUGGGGCAGGGCCGAGUUCCCCUUCGGCAGCCUGGAGCUGGCCCCCGCGCCGUUCCCCCACCAGCUCCAGCCCUGCGAGGCGGCCGAGGGCUCCCAGCCCACGGGCUGCCUUCCUCGGGGGCCACCACCCUCCUCCCUCCAGGUGGUCCCCGCAUCCUACUCGGGCAUCCUGCCCCUGGAGGCACCAAAGAGCUGGACCGGCAAGUCACCGGGCAGGGGUCAAUCCUCCGUGCCCUCUACCACCAAGUGGCAGGACAAACCUAUGCAACCCAUGGGAUGUCAAGGGCAGCUAAGACAUACCAGCCAAGGUAUGGGCAUACCCGUGUUGCCUUACCACGAACCGUCCGAGCCCGUCGGCCCCAGCGGCACAAGCACAUUCAGCCUGGACACCAGGUGGUACGAGCCCCAACCCCGACCUCGGCCCAGCCCUCGGCAGGUCAGGAGGGCUGAGCCCAGUUUACAUCAGGUGGUGCUACAACCUUCAAGGCUUUCUCCUCUGACCCAAAGUCCCCUGAGCUCCCGCAACAGCUCCCCGGAGCUGACUGCCCGCGCCCGGCCCCGCCCGGGGCUCAUCCAGCAGGCGGAGGUGUCGGAGAUCACGCUGCAGCCGCCCGCGGCCGUCAGCUUCUCCCGCAAAUCCACGCCGUCCUCCACGGGAUCUCCGGCGCCGAGCAGCCGCGGGGACAGCCCCAGCUUCCGACCGACCACCGCCUUCACCCCCGUGGGCACCGGCUUCUCCAACUCCCAGGGCUCCUCCCUGCCCGUGGACACCAUGGAUGUUUUCGGAGACAUCCCUUCUCCAAGGAGGGCUGGCGAGGAGAUUCUCCAACCGGAGCCGACAUCCACCACCACGGUAGCCGCCACAGGAAAACGUCCAUCUCCGCCCGGGGACGCUGCUGCACCUGAGAGGCUCGAAGCUCUGAAAUACCAGCGGAUAAAGAAGCCCAAAAAGUCAUCCAAGGGCUCCUCGAAAUCCAGAAAACAACCCAAUGGCUCUGCCUCCCAGGUUCAGCACCCUCCCAGCUCUCAGGUACUGUCACCUGACGAAGCUGUCUGCCUCCGCAAGAAGAAGAGACACCCUCGUCAGGACCCCUUCGCCCGGCUCUCAGCGCUCAAGGACGACCUCUGCCACCGGCAGCUCCCUGAAGACCAGACAGCCAUUCUCAACAGCGUGGACCACGAUGACACCAGUGGACACGCCACCCUGCUCUAGCCUAGUGCCGGUGCCAGGAGGUUGAACAGGAGCGGUGGAGGGAGCUGGUGUCACACCACGGGGGGAUGGAGGUGAUGGGAAAGAGGGGGGGACACCCCUAAGCUGUCACCUCUCUGAGGGGUUCGGUGGCUCACGGCGGGGACGAGCUGGGGGGACCCGGGGGAUGCUUAGGGGAGGAUGCUUUGGGCUGGGUGUUCCUCAAAUCCACUUCUCCCCCACCCCGAACAGUUUGGGUGGGGUGGGAAGGAGGGUGUUGCACCUCGGUUUUGGAAAAGAUCUCUAGGCUUCAAAGGCAUGGAUGGAGCUUUUGACAUCUGCGUCGGCAGCGCGCGUUUAGGGGGAAAGUGUGGGAUUGAGCAGCUGGCCCUCAAUCGCCAGAAGAAGUUGAAUGACACAGGGUGUAAUUAAGUGACAAGAACCUAACAACCCAGGCGGGAACUGGUAAUCCCAUGAAUCUGAUUAUGAUAAAAACAUGACCAAAUAAUCCCAGGAAAGAUGUAAUUGUGAAAAUCUCCCUGCCUCCCCCUUCCCAGCCUCCUUUGACGUGAAGGUAACAGCAGCAAAACCAUCCGUGACAUCUUUCCUUACCUAUCUCUGAGAGGGAAAAGCCAGAAAGACCCCCAGCCUUGGAAUCAAUGUGAGAAAUCACCAUUUGUCUGUGUGUAAACGCACUCAAGCCUCGUUGACGUGUGCUUGAUGCUGUGCGAGCACGCAGGUGCGGGGCUGACGCGAUCCGAGGGUGUUUCCCCCUCCAGGUGUGGCGUGUGCCAACUUUGAUGAGGGUGGGUUUGAUUAAUUCUGCCCGACUGCUCUGUGUAUCUCAGGCAAAUGUUCUUCAGCGCCGCGUGUGAUGUGAUUUCUUACUGUGUGAUGUUUAAUCCCCACCCAUAACCGCAAAGGGGGAGACGCGGGCGUGCGAGCGAGCGGGGUUUGGCUGCCUGGUCCCCAAAGCCUCCGUCGGCAGGUGCUGAGCCCCAGGGAGAGCAUCUGGAAGUGCCCAGCUCUGCGGAUGGACGUGGACGGCUCCGUGCAAAGCUAAGCCCAGCGUUUCGCGCCAGCUUAAAAUAUGUUGCUGCUGGUUUCACUGUUUUUCCCUUUUUCCUUCCUGCUCCAGCCCGGUUGUGUCGGCUGUGACACCUGCCAGGGUUGUGUCCCUCCCUUUGCUCCCUGUUCCCCUCAGUAAUGCUGUUCUAACUCUUCACCAGAAUGUAUUUCCUCUUCAGAAUAGGGUAGGUUUGGUGGCUGGUGGUUUUCUGGAUUGCAUAGGCCUUUUUUUUGGUUUGUUUUUAGCAGGCAAGGUGUAACCCGAGAACAGCUGGGCUCACUUUUCCUGCUCUGCCUCCACUCUCUGACUGCGUGGCCUUGGGCAAGUCACUUGACCUCUCUGUGCCUCAGUUCUCCCAUCUGUAAAAUGGGGAUAAGUCAUAUUUGAGCACUUUGGACAAGCACUUGGUGGCCUACAGACUGCAAGUGCUAUGUAAAUGCUUAGUGCUAAUACCAAGCAAUCCCUACCUUUAAAAUAUUUAGAGUUGGUUCUUUUUUUUUUUGUUUGAAGUGGUAAAAUCAACCACUGCAUCCAGGUUUGCACAGUUCUUCCUCUGCGGUAAAGUGCUAAACCCUCCAGCCUGCCUGGGAAUAAAACACCGAGUGUUUCAUGUAGAUAUUCUUGCUUUGAGUGGAUUCAGGCUGUAGAAAAAGUGUCAGGAGAGCUGGAGAGCCUGCAGGCAUGUUUUUAGCCCCAGGCUCUCUAUUUGCAUAUGAAACUUUUGUUUAUUCCCAGGUAGAAUUGCCAAGAGAUUCUCUGCAAUCUCGCCUUUAAUUCUGCUUUGCCUUGGUUUUUGCUCUUGCUGCUGGUUGAACCUCCAAGGGCUGAGAUGUCUGGAGGAAGACGUGAGCUCUCGGUGGUGAUCUGGCUCUCUGACCACGCCACGCUUUUAGGUCGGAGCCUGUUGAUUGCUCUGCCUCCAUAUACCUGGUUUUAGAGGUUGUGCUUCCUUUCCCAGCAGGAUGCUCGGGAACCUGUGGCCACCAAAAGCAGAGCACCGUGUCUUUUCCAAUCUCCAGGCCCUAAGUAAGGUUUGAACCGCUGGACAAUGAAUCCUCUAAAUCGAUAACCAGAUAUUUCUGAGCUUUAACAACUUUCUCAAACCAUCACCAGGUUUGUCUUGGGAAGGAGGGAGGGUCUGGCAGAAAUGCCCCUCUCUUUCCAGCCUGCACCAGGGCUUUUUAUUGACGUGACGAGUGACCUGACGUAAGAACCUCAACUCUCAGAGUGAGAACUCAACCUUGCUAACCAGUAUGACUGCGAAUUUCUUUUCUUUGGGUGUGUUUUUAGGGUUUUUCCCUAGAACCCACUCGGAUCUGAAUUGAUUUAAUGCCAUUCUCCCGCUCGGCAGCGGGGAAAACUCUGCCUGGCUUGGCCAACUCCAGCUCGCCGGUCACUCCAGCCGGGCUGCUCCUGAUGGACAGGUGACCCUCGGGGCUGGGGGAGGCGUGGAGGCUCUGUGCUGCCCCUGCCAUGGCCAACUUGCUCUUCCUUUUGCUCUCAUUGCCUCAGCCUCUGGAACAGAGGGUUGCUUUUCCAUUUGAGUGCUUUCCAAACGAUUUACGACACCCGUUCGGAGGGGCCAGGCGCUGUCUUCAGGCUCUUGAGGUUUCUACCUCAGGACUAUGCCCCAUCCCAUCUUAAGGAGCUCUAGAGGACUUGGAGUGAAGGGCAGGUUGACGGAGCAUGCUGGCUUGCUGGGUCAGUCUUUUGAGAUUUGUUUUCCUUUUGCAGGUGUUUUGAGCCACUGGGCUUUUCAUGGUCUUCGACCUUUAGAGGCUGGAGCUGCAGCCCUCUCUCUUUCAGCCGUGUACCUGCCACGCUGCUGGAGUGGGAAAUCCCGCCCGGGCGCCUCGUGGAAGCAGCUCCUCCCUAAAACCAUCCUUAACUCCUUUCCCUGCUAGACCGAGUUACCUUCCGAUAGACUCGGGCCGUGCUUUGGCUGACUGGCUCGCCUCUUGCUUUGGCAACCUCCUCCUCGCUUCUCCCAGCCCUCUGGUUUCCAUGCCCUUCAGGGUUGCUCCUCUCUCCUUCCGUGGACCUGGAAACAUCGAAGCCGUGUCAGACGAUGCCAAACACUUCCCCCAUUUCACCCCCGUUUGAACUCCGUGUCGCUUUGGUGGUUUGCAAACACAGCUGCUGUCGCUGCUGCUGCUGCUUCUUCAUUAUUUUUUUUUUUUCCUUUCAUGCUGCAAAAUAUAUCUUGAUUUUUAUCUUCCUGGGCCAAACUCUCUUAUUUUCUAAGCUGGUCUGAGGUAGAUGGCUCUUUCUGUAUCAGUAACUGUACGAUUCCUCCUUUCACGUUGUGAACAUGAUGUUCCAUUAGGUCCCUUGGCAAAUCCUGGCCCACGGUGAAAAAAUUCCUCUGAAUCACAAGGAUAUUGUCCCUGGGCUCUACUGGGGUGUCAGUGUAGGGAUACCAGCUCAGUUUUGGGGGGUCCUUGCUGAUGCUUCUCCCUGCAAGAUGGCCAUGGUGGGGAUGCUCCAGCACUGGCUUCAUGCCACCUUGGGGUUUGCAGGAUUGGGGCACCCUGAGCUGGGGAAGGUGGCAUGGAGAGGUGGGUACAGGAUGCCAUGGAGAUCCUGUGGAAAAGGGGUGCUCCUGGGGUGCUGUCCCUUGCAGUCCAACAAGGAAUCCUGGAGCAGCCAGGGAAAAAGGGCAGGGAAAGUGCUUUGCCUGCUUUUCCAGCAGGGCUUGCUGAGCUCUCAUCCACGUGUUUCUAAGGUGACUUUGCUGUGCAGCCCCAGCAGCGUUUCGGCUCUGCGGUGUUGACGUGAAGGAAAAUGCAAGUUGGUGUAAGGGGGGAGACGGAGAAUUCAGGGCUCAUUUGUGGGGCCCUGUUUCUGUGCCUACCACUAACAGCACCCACAGGCACAGGGAGUGAUGAGUUUGUGGGAUGGGGGAGCUGCCAGGUCCCAGGGCCCUUUCCUAGUCUGAACCUCAGCAUGGUUUGCAGUCUGCCCCCUGAGUCUCCAUGAGCCCUCAUGCUGUCUGUGUGAGCAGGGGAUGCUUUUCCUGGGAGGAUUCUCAUUCCUGCUCCCCUGUGACUUGGAGGCUGCUUUGGGGCACUGGGGGACUCCAGGCUGUUCAUCUGGUGUUUGUCACCUUGUCAGCUGGCUCAGUGCCACUGGAGGAAGGCUGGAGGUGAUGCUGUUUGGAUGUAUAAAUGUAAAGGGAAUAUAAAGGGAAUAACAGCUUACUGUACCUACCUCUGGGAGUGUUGAGGACACUGGAUAUGGGAUCAGCAGCCCAGGCACGGUCCUGGCAGGGCUUAGUCAUGUCUGGUAUGAUCCAGACAUGACACACUUUCCAGACUCAUUGCUGCUCCCACCUUGCUGUCUGUAUUAGGACAAAAUCCGCCUGGCAUUUUGGUUUCUCUUCCUGCUUCAGGCAGUGACGUAGAUCUGGGAGUUCUCAGAGUUUUGGGUUGGUUUCAGCUGUAGCUCUUGUCUGGAGGUAUUUUUCCAUGAGGCUGGACCUUCAGGGAUUUCCACAUGUCCCACAUGGGCUCGCUGCAGCCCCAGACUGAAGUCAGGGCUUUUCUGGAAGGAAAUCUUCUCAAGGAACCGGAGUAAAACCCACUGUACAUAUGAGAUAUAAAUAGCUAGAGAAGCAUAGGACAAAGGUAGCUAGGUUUGCAGAAUUCAGUAGAUUUGCAUGUCGGGGUAUGUGUGUGUCAUGGGGAGAGUUUAGAGCCGUGCUGGGGCAGGGGAUCAGGAUGGGCAAAGCUGGGAAGGGGCUGAGAGCAGCUGCAGCCUGAGGGGAAUUUGGGGAUGGAGAGGCACCGGCGUGCGCUGCGGCCCUGCUGCACACAACAGAUCACUCUGUUCCAUUAUUUCAUCCCCAGUUUUUAGCUUUGCUUUGUUCAUUGUCUGUGACUCACCCCUGGGCCCUGAGAUGGAGGAGCAGGAGGGACAGGUCCUGUGCUCUGCGUGUCCAAGGCACGUGGGGCAUGACAAGGGACACGACACAGGAGGGGGAUGUCACGUUGCCUCAUCCCCGGUGCCAUUGCUCAAAGAAAAAGCUGCACCAUGCAAAAACCCUUCCCUCAAGUCCCUCUAGAUGCUGCUCUCUGGUUACUCGUGUGAAAGCGUUUUGCUUUGCGUCUGUUCUUCCCAGAGAAGCGUGAGUCAGAAGGGAUGAGAGAGGGAUACAGCUAAAUUUGUCCCCUGAGCUGAGGAAUGCAGCACUGGCUGUGCCAGCCAGCCCCAGCAGUGCCUCCCGGGAGGGACAGGAUGUUCUUGACAGUGUCUUUUUAUUUUAAACCUCAUCAGCAGGACUUUGAGGAUCUGAGGCAGAGAGGGGAUGCGGUCACCAGUGAUGCCAGAGCUGGUACUGAUGGGGGCAGCUGGAUUCAGGCUGGAUCCCCACUCCUCUCCCAGAGUCAUCCCUGUGCUGUCUGGGCACAGGGUAGUCCUUACAGAAAGCAGGAUAUUUACUCCCAUUUCGCCCUUUCAGCUUAGUUUUUUUGGGGGUUUUUUUCUGUUUCUGAGUAUCUUGACUCCUCUCUGCCUGUGUUUGUGGGAAGGAGAGGUGGGAAGUGCAGUUGUUCCUGUUAGAGAUCUGUCAGGGAACGCUUGAUCCAGGAGCUGAGUGCUGGGAAGCAGCGACCACAUUUGGCAACACUAGUGCCAGCAAAGAAGAAACUUAACAUUGCACUCAAUUUCCAUCAGCUGGCACAUCCCCAAGCAGGGAGGACCAGUGUGGACAGAUGGGGGCCUGUUCCCCUGGCUGGGUGACUGGGAUGAGAGGGAGCUGUGUUUGCCCAUUUUCCCCAAUUUCAGGUGUUUUGGCACAGCUGGCUGAGCUCUUUUCCUCAGCAUUGUGUGGCAGCAGGACAAGCAUCCCCAGAACUGGGGCUCUGGCUGACUUUUGAUAUGUGCAUGGAUGGAGGAGGGACCUGGGGAGGGGGUGGGCAGAGGGGCUGGUCCAGGCUCGGGGGUGUUGGAUGAGGCAAGCAUGUGCUGUAGAGGUAGAUAAGGAUUUUUGUACAGGUUGCAGUGGGGUGGGAAAUGCAGGAUGGAGGGGCUGGCAUCCCCCAUGGAGGACAGAUUUUUGCCCAGAUUUUAUAUUUACCAUCGAAAUGACACUUUCUCUCCCAGGAGGGCUUUUAUUCUUGUUCUCCUGAGGUUGCAGGGCUGCAAAAGAGGGUGCCCAUCUUCCCGGGUCUGAAAGCUCUUCAGAUUUCCACCCACUCCCCCCCCAGCACUUAGAUUAAAAUAAAACACACAAAAAAAAAAGACUUGAGAAAUGAGCCCCAGUAUCUCUAUCUAAAGAAAUGAUAUUGGUGUAUCGAAACUGCAUUGUAUAUAAAAUUAAACAAAUAUAUAUUUACUCUCUAUUUUAGAAGGGGGGGAGAAUAAAUAUUUAAAAUAAUUCGUUAGUAAUAGGUGUCAGAAACUUCUGUGCAGCAUGAGAGAGGCUGUCAGAGGUGGGGAGAGUCUCAACAGCAGGAGCAGAGCGAGUAUUUUUACAUUAUAUUGCGCUUCAGCUUCUCUGCUUCUCCAUCCACCUAUAAAUAGACAAAAAUAUAUAUACAAAUAUAUAUAUAUAUAUAAAAAUUAUAUAUAUCUAAGUCACAUAGCUGUUUUAUUUUUGUAUCCAUGCCUAGUGCUGUUUGAGCAAUACAGUGGCGAGGGAGAGGAGGGCUGGGCCAGGCUGGGGGGCUUGCAGUGCUCCGGGGGAUCUGCCCUCUCCGGACCCAGCAUCACCACUGUUUGCUCUUUCAGUAGGGAAAAACACUAAAAAGGGACAAAAUCCCGGGAUGAGGAAGCCUGGGCUUGCUGCCAGCUUGCCCAGGGCUGUGGUGAGGUGGUGUUUCCACUGAGGGCUGUCUUGGGCUUUUUUUUCUCAGAGAAAAAAGACAAAUUUCAGCUCAGAGGAGCAGCAGGCAGCUGCAGCCUGGGGGGUGGCACAGGGUGGGGACACGCUGUGGGGACAGGGUCCCCACGCUGCUGCCUCCCUGUCACCUGUCCCGGCUGCCCUGAUAAACCUCGAGGGUUUCUGAACCCCUCAGAGCCACCCAGGUGGCCACAGAGGGAUUCUCCAGGUCCCUGCACCCGGCUGGAGCGGGGAACCUGCUCUGUAGGGAAUGUCAGGACCUGUCCAGGAGACACCCGGGGCUUACUGGUGCUGUGGGGCUGCUGGGGUGCACUGGGGCAGGAUGUGGGGCUCUCCCUGCCUGGAUGGGUGGGAUCUGGGUCUCUCCCUGCCUGGAUAGGGUGAGGGGCUCUUCCUGCCUGGAUGGAUGGGUUGAGGGGCUCUCCCUGUCCCUAUGGAUAGGAUGUGAGGCUCUCCCUGCCCCUCUGGAUGGGAUCUGGGACUCUCCCCAUCCCUCUGAAUGGGAUCUGGGGGUCUCCCUGUCCCUCUGGAUGGGAUGUGGGGCUCUCCCUGUCCCUCUGGAUGGGAUCUGGGGCUCUCCCUGUCCCAGUGGCUGAGGUGGCAUCGAGCCCUGGCACAGUGAGGGAUGUGCUGGGGAUAUCUGGGGCUUUUCCUGCAGGGCAGAACGGACCCGCCGCAUCCCUGUCCCCUUCCCCCUGGGCUGUGGCAGGACAAGGAGCCAGUUUGGGACUGAGCAAUGCCAGGGAGCUGCAAACACCCCUCUGCCUUCGCUGGGGCACUAUUUGGGGAUUGUCUUUGGGCAGUGGCGACCGGGGCUUCACUCCCUUUGGUUUGUGUCCCUCAAUCUUGGGUUCUAGGGGGUCCAGGUGCUGUUGUUUGGGCUCAGAUGUCCCCAAGGGGACGGUGGCACAGCCCUGGAGUGCUGACACUCCUGCAGAUGUCCCUCAGCGUGGUGCCCGCUCGCAGGAGCUGCCCCCUCGCAGCAGCCCCGUGUCCUCCGUAGGUGUCACCUGUAUUUUCCAUGAUAUUUCUCUCUCUUCUUCGUCGGGUCGGGGGUGGGCUGGGGUGGGGGAUGUUUCUAAUAUCCAGCCGAGAUUUGUUCAGCACCAAUUCUUGAUAUUCAAAGCAAAGCAUGUUUGGUGGGACUAACUUGCAUUUAUUAGCGGUAAAUACAUAAGUGAGUAUUUUAUAUGUUAAAAAAAAAAAACAAACAGGAAAAAAAAAAAAAGGAUGUCAGGAGAAAGAGAAGGGAUGAGAUUUCUCAUCAUUCAGUGUCCGGGCUGGGGGGCUGCCUUGCCCCCUCCCCCCGGUGGGGCUUUGGGUAUUGCUGGGGGUGGGCGGGGGGGCGGGCAGCUUUCUCCUUUCCCCAUCUCCCCCUGGAAUCACUUACAGAAAAAAAACAGGCAAAGGAAAGCUCGAAAUGUUUACAAAGCACACUUCCCACAGUACCGUUAACCCUCUGGAUGCCAAACAGACACAUCAGGAGCUGCCCCCUCCCUGUGCUUAGGGCUGGUGGCUCCCACAGCAUCGUCCUGCUUCCCUUGGUUUUCUUUGGUUUGGUUUUUUUGGACACCAUCCCUGCUGCCUCCAUCUGCGUGCACCUGCCUGGAGCUUGCUGUCCAGGGGUGGGGGGUUUGCUUCUGCCCCUUCCCAGGCUCUUCCUGCUCACCUGGGAGCUGUGGGAAGCUGUCCAGGGUGGGGUUUGCUUCUGCCCUGUCCCAGGCUCAUCCUGCUCACCUGGGAGCUGUCCAGGGUGGGGUUUGCUUUGCCCCCUCUCAGGCUCUCCCUGCUCACCUGGGAGCUGUGGGAAGUGCCUGUCUCUGCUCGGGAGGUUCUGGCUCGGUGGGAGAUGCUGGCACUCACUCCUUGCCCUCCCAGAUGCACUUUAAGGCCAAACUUCCCUUUUUCUCCUUCUCUGGGGCUGGCACAGAGCAGGCAGGGGAUGCUCCCGUGGCCCCAGGGGGUGCAGGACCUUCCACACACCUGUGCAGGCUCUGGUCCCUUGGCAUUUCCCGUGUGGGGAAGCCCUUUGGGAAUCCUGGGAAUGCCCACGUUGCCAUAAGGUUCAUCCUUUGGGCAUUAGGGGAUCACAGCUGCACUGCAGCUCCUCGGGAGCUGGGAGCAUCUCCAGCUCUCCCAUGGGAGCAUCCCUGGCUCUCCGGGGGAGCCCAGACUUUUUAAUCCCCUUUUAAUAGGUUUGUAGACUCUCUGAACCCUCGUAGACCUCCAUAGGUAGCUCUUGAUUUAAUCCCCUCCUAACCCCAUAGUGUUUUCCCCUAAGGCAGGAUUUUCUUCCGGACCCACCCAACGCAUCUCUGGUUGCGUGGGACAACUUUUUCCUCCUUUUAAGAAGAAUUUCUUGCCUCUGGAUAUAAAGACUAGACCAUCCAACCUCGUUUCCAUCUCUUGAAUGUCGAGUAUUACGAUGUAUAACACACGUUAGGGUGCUCUUUGGUGCUGUUUCAAUGGUAACCAGUGGAACUGACUUUUUUAAAUAACAAUAACAAUAAAAGAAACUUUAGUGCCGCUGGUUCCAUAACAUUUGUUGUCGUGACUUUUUCUUUUUUUUUCUUCUCUUUUUUUGGAAGUUUUGUUAGGGUUUUGUUUUCUUUUUUUUUUAAUUAUUUUUUAAUUUUUACUAAACAGUGAGUAGCGAUCAGCUGCCGGGUUUCUGUGGUGUUGGUUUUAGUGACUGGUGGAUGCUGUGAGCUUGGCGGGCUGCAUCACAAUUUAGUGGGAUUUGGGAUCAAGUAGCUUCAUUUUGGAACUGCACACAGCAAAACGAGCAUUUGAUGGGAGCCCAGACGGCAACUAGAGGGUUAAUUUUUGAACUUUCAGGUAUGUUCCUCAGAAGAAAAUAAUAAUAAUAAUUAAAAAAAUAAUAAAAAAAAGAUAAUAGAAACAAAACACUAUUUUUUCAGUAAGCUUUUUUUUUCUGUAAACGAUUUACAAAUAAAUCUGACAUGAUGGUGCUGUACCAAAGCCUUAUACGAAACUUAUUCCGCUCUCUCUAUAAUCUCUCUGUAUCUGUAUUGUUGCUCUCGGCCUCCGCCAAGGCCAGGAAAUGCCAGCAGGAGGGACCGAUGGCCCGAUCGGCAUCCCUGGAAUUCCCUGAGAUGGGAAUCGUAUCCCUGGAAUUCCUUGGGAUGGGAAUCGCCAUUCAUUCCCUGGAAUUCCCGGCCCCGCGGGGAGGAAAAGCCAAAUUUCAGCAUCACUCCCCAGGCGCGCAAUGAGGGGCACAAGUCCCUCACCCCAAACUCUCCUUCCGACUGGGUGCUAUCCUGCCCUGGGCAGGGAUCCGAGACCUCCAGGGCGUUUUACCCACCGAGCCCCCUGCUCCGGGGGAUUCCACAUCUUCCAGCCCAGCCCGACCUCCUCCGCAGCGCUCAGCCAAGGCAGACCCUGGCUCUGCCCUGCGAGCCCUCUCCCAGCCCUUCCCCUGGGGAGCUGGGGCUGCUUUGAGAGCUCGAAGCAAUAAUCCCACUCUGCCAAGAAAGUUGGGUCCUUUUGGCUCUUGGACUGUUGUCAGUUUAAUGAGUAAAUGCUCAUAAAGCCAACAAAAAAGUGGAAGAAAUGAGAGUUUGAAGCCCUGCCUUACUGGGAGUGGCUGGCCCCUCGGUCUCUGCCUGUUGGAAUUUUAAGGCCUGCUGAGUAUUUAAUUUAUCGCCGGUAACAUUGCAUGUUCAUAGAUUGACUUCUUGAGUUGAUUUUUUUUCUUCUUUUAAUGUACCCACUAUAAGAAAUUCUGGCAGUGUUGCAAUGUUACGUACAACUAGCCAUGCUGUAGGAGAAUGAUGGGUUUUGGAAUCGAUUAACUUGCUCCUCAUGUAACAUUACCCUGCUUCAGAAAUGUUUUGUAUUUUGAUAUAAAUAAACAUUUGCUAAAAAAAAAAUAUAUCUAUAAAAA